GUUCCUUCCAAGAUCCUUCUUGCCCAUUAAGUUGACUUUUGACUCCAUACACCAAAGACUACGUUUUCCCUAACACAACCAUAGAUUUAGAUGCUGAACUAGAGGAGUAAGGAAAGCAGAGUGAAAAUGGAGAUCAACAAUAACAAAAUUCUAAUGAGAGAAAAGCUAGACUUCUUUGGAAUAAUCAAAGAAACCAUCAAAUUACCUUUCAGAAUUCCCACCUUCAUCAUCUUUUUUCUCACUGCUCUCUUUCCUUUUUUCUGCUUCUUCCUUUUGCAUGAGAUAAUUUUCCAGCACAACUUGAUUCAAGCUCUCAAAUUCAUGUCCAACGAUUCUCCUUGCUACGAAUUUGAUUUAACGUCGUGCUAUUCCAGGUCAACCUUUCAUGCCAUCCGAGAAUUGAUUGGAAAAAUUUCAGCAAAAAAUCUCAUUUCAUUUCUCUCGUUCUUGGGUCUUGUUCAUCUUGUCGACCUACUUAACACCAUCAUCACAGUUUCUACAGCUUCAGAGAUUUACUUAAAAGAUGAGAAUGAAUCAACGAGUUUGAAGGGCAUAAUCAGGAAAACGAUAAACAAGUGGACUGCGAUAUGGAAUAUGGGGCUGGUAAUUUCGAUCCUGGAGGAGAAUAAACACGGCGAUGUGGCGCUUGGAGUCUCUGCAUAUCUGAGUAGAGGCAGCAGAAAGCGAGGACUUGUGCUACAGUUUAUGUUCUCGGGUUGGAGUUUUGGGUUAAGAAUAUUGUGUAUCUUGUUUGGGUGGCGAAAUGGAGGAAGCAAAAAUGUGAUUGAAGUCAUUGCUGCACAAGUCUGUGUGAAUUGUCUGUGGAAUGUGAUGAAGUGGGUGGCUUUUGUGAUCUAUUUCUAUGACUGUAAAAAGAGAUUUCUUGAGAAAAAAUUUGAUGGGGCUGAGGGAAAAGCCUGAAGCUGAAAUUGGGAAAUUAGAUGAAAAGUGUUUUAUUAAGUAUUUGUGUAACCGAUUAGUAAUAAUAAUUAAUUUAUGCAUUCA